AUGACUUUUCCCCUCCCCGAAAGUUACUGUAUUUACGCAGACAGUUUGCGGCUAUCAAUUAUAACUGUUUGCGAAUAUUUUCUGAAAACAGGGUCAUCGGUUUGUCCAUCCAGCAUGGAAAAUAAUAGAAAAUUCUUUGUCGGAGGGAACUGGAAAAUGAACGGAAAUCAGUCGGAAAUCGACAAACUUAUAAAAAUGCUGUCGAAAGCACAUCUCGACCCAAACACAGAUGUGUUAGUGGCGCCCCCUGUUCUUUACUUGCAAAGUGUGAGAGAGAAGCUUCCAAGGCGUUUUCUGGUUGCAGCACAAAACUGCUACAAGGCGUCGUCCGGUGCUUUCACCGGCGAGCACAGCCCAGCAAUGCUGAAGGAUGUGGGCUGUGACUGGGUGAUACUCGGCCACUCGGAAAGGCGGCACAUCUUUCGGGAAUCCAAUGAAUUGGUCGGUGAGAAGGUGAACUUUGCACUUGGCGAAUGUAUGAAAGUGAUUGCUUGUAUUGGCGAAGAACUACGGGAGCGAGAGUCUGGAAAAACGGAAGAAGUGUGCUUCCGCCAGCUUGAAGCGAUCAGAAGUAAGUUCUUGUCGUUUUUUAGUCCACGAAAUACACUCAUUUUCGAACCAAUUUUAUUUCGCAAGAAACUGGCUCGGAACCCAAAUGAAUCUCCUAUUUAUGCUGUUUCUAAGCAACUGAAUGUGCUGCACUGGGUCGCCUCCUGUUUCAGCUGGUACAAUAUUUGA